AAGCUGCGCAGGCGCAGCGUGGGCGGCAAGAUGGCGUCCAGGCCCAAGCGGCGGGCCGUGGGCCCCGGGGUUCUGCCGCCGCCGGGCGCCGCGGUGCCACGCGCUGCAGAGGAAGGGGCCGACGGGGUCGAGGGCGGGGACGAAGACGAUGAAGACGCCGACGAAGACGAAGAUGGAGACGACGAGGUCGUUGACGAGGAAGUGAAUAUUGAAUUUGAAGCUUAUUCCAUCUCAGAUAAUGACUAUGACGGAAUUAAGAAAUUACUGCAGCAGCUUUUCCUAAAGGCUCCUGUGAACACUGCAGAACUAACAGAUCUCUUAAUUCAACAGAACCAUAUUGGGAGUGUGAUUAAGCAAACGGAUGUUUCAGAGGACGGCGAUGACGAUGUUGAUGAAGAUGAGAUUUUUGGUUUCAUAAGCCUUUUAAAUUUAACGGAAAGAAAGGGCACCCAGUGUGCUGAACAGAUUAAAGAGUUGAUUCUGAGUGGCUGUGAGAAGAACUGUGAAAAGAGCAUGGUUGAACAGCUGGACAAGCUUCUGGAUGACACCACCAAGCCUGUGGGCCUUCUGCUAAGUGAAAGAUUCAUUAACGUGCCUCCACAGAUUGCUCUGCCCAUGCACCAGCAACUUCAGAAAGAACUAGCAGAUGCACACAAAACUAAUAAGCCAUGUGGAAAGUGCCACUUUUAUCUUCUGAUUAGUAAGACAUUUGUGGAAGCAGGAAAAACCAAUUCCAAAAAGAAAUGGAGCAACCAAAAGAAAGAUGAGUUAAUGUUUGCAAAUGCAGAGGAAGAAUUUUUCUAUGAGAAGGCAAUCCUGAAGUUCAACUACUCAGUGCAGGAGGAGACCGACACUUGUCUGGGAGGCAGAUGGUCUUUUGAUGAUGCACCAAUGAAGCCCUUGCGAACUGUGAUGGUAAUUCCAGGUGACAAGAUGAAUGAAAUCACAGAUAAACUGAAAGAACAUCUGUCUGUUUAACUCAUUUCCCUUGGGCAGUGAUUGGCCUGCUUUUGUCAAGUUAUUAAGAAACUCAGUGGAGAUUUACUGAAAAACUCAUAACUUUAUUCAGAUUAAGGUCCUCUACAAAAAGUAGGAUUCUGUUCCAUGUGUCUGUGACACAUUUACAAAAUAUGUUUUUUAAAACUGGUCAAAUUAUGAAUGAUUGAUUAAAAACUUUUCCGAGAAGAAGAAAAACACGGAGUAUUAAUUUAAACAACACAAUAAAAACUUCUAUUUUUUAUUUUAAAAUAAUAUA